AUGGUUUCGGAAGACAACACAACCCCUCCAUCAACAUCGAAUGCAGAUGUAGAUCUCGAAAAUGGAAGGCGAUCAAGGCCAAGGCAGCGGAGCAAAUCGACGUCUGGAUCAUCCUCGGAUUAUGAAGAAGAAGAGAAGGAUCUUCAUCAUGACGGUCACCGUCCAUCGCGGAGAGAGCUUCAUGAAAGCAUCUCGCGCUCGCGCAGCACACGGAGCUUAGCACGAGACAGGACAGUAACAGCGACCGCGAGUGGUAUGAACCAGCCAUUGGGCGCCACGAUUUCCAGGCGCGACACAGUACUUUCACGAAUCCGUACACGACCGAAUGUUGCACCAUUCUCCCAUCCUCUCGCACAUCAACAGACGACGGCAGAUGUGCUGGUAGACUUCGAUGGCGAUGACGACCCAUACCGACCGAUGAAUUGGCCUACUAAGAAGAAGGUGACUACGACCCUGAUGUACGGCUUUACGACUAUGAGCGCGACAUGGGCAUCUUCUGCAUAUUCGGCUGGCACACGACAGAUAGCAGCCGAGUUCAAUGUUGGAAAUCAGGUAGCUGUAUUGGGUACUACGCUCUUCCUCUUCGGAUUCGGCCUUGGUCCGCUACUGUGGGCGCCACUCUCCGAAGUCUAUGGGAGACGACUAGCAGUCUUGACGCCUAUGCUUGUCGCAAUCUGCUUUAGCUUUGGUAGCGCAGUAGCAAAAGACUUCCAGACGCUAAUGAUUACUCGAUUCUUCGGUGCCUUCUUUGCUAGCGCACCAGUCACAAAUACCGGUGGUGUCUUGGGAGAUCUUUACAGUCCCGCAUGGAGAGCUUUGGCGAUGGCCGGCUAG